AAUCUUAGAAAUAUAACACAUUAAAAGGAUUAAAUUGAAACGGCACCGUAAGAGCGUAAUUUUUUCAAUAAAUUGUGUCAAACGUUUCUUGUCACCGUCGAAGGAAAGAAAAUGGCCACAACGGCGGCGUCUUUUCCGGUCGUUUUGUUCUUCCUCCUCCUCCUCACCUCUCCACCGCCGUCCCUCUCCUUCUCCUUCUCCCAAUUCAAAACCCUAUUUUCACUCGCACAUUCCCUCAUGUCUCGUGUCGCCAAUCUACGCGCCUCUCGCGGAGACUUCGCCGGCUCGCAACGGGCCAGGCACAUUGCCCAACAGCUAGAGCAAGGUCUCGGACUAAACUUCUGGGGCUCCAUGUGGUCGCUCGCGUGGGACUACGCGAAGAACUACGCUUGGAGAGACAUCUCCUAUUCAGAUCUCUACGACGCCGUUCCCGACAUGAACGAGUUGCUUAGGGCUUUCGCCGAGUUGACUGGGUUGGAAUCAGACAUGGCAAGAGCGAGUUGGGUUACGCGGAAUUACCAAUCGGUCCUGAGGGUAGCCAAUUCGUUGUUGAAGAGGCUUCUUAAAGUGUUUAGAAAAUCGGGGGCUUGGAGGAAUGUGGUGGAGACGGUUCAAGUGGAGGUGGUGGACGGUGGAUUGCUGAAGGACUGUUUGGAGCUGGGAAGUGGCGAUUUGAAAGGCAUGGUUCAGAUUCUCAAGGAUUUGGCUUUGAAUUUCUAUUCCUCCACUUCUCAACGCCGUAAUGAACUGUAAGAAUUAUUUACAGUAAUUUAGUUUUUGAAUUUCUGAUCUCUUAAUUAAUAAAGAUGGGAAGCCAUUUAAUUAGUGUUCAUGGAGUUCAGAAGAAAGAUUACAUACUUUUAAUCCAAAAACAAAAGGGGGUAGGGGUUGGGGUUGGGGUUGAAAUAAUAAAUGAGGAGAGCAUGGUGGAUGGAUGCAUAGUGUAUAAAUGAGAUAUCUUAAAUGGUCAAUAGGUUGGUGUGUUUGCAUGUUACUCCCAUUGGGGACUUACCUCUCAAUGCAUUCAAUUUCACUACCUACCUUACCUU